AGUUGUCCGACCCGUCCUCAUCGCCACGAUAACUCACAGGACUUCCCUCACCAAAGUUCACCACCAAAAACACUAACAACAAAAAAGGGAAAGACAAAUACGGACACACGCGUGUACGCCUACGAAAUUGUAUGUCUUACGAAACAACAAAACGUAGACGUGGUCGCCCACCAAAGGGCAGCUAUGUACAAUCCUCCAGCGAUGAUGACGAAGAUGAUGAUGGACGGCCACGCAGACGUGGACGUCCCCCUAAGCCCAAAGGAGGAAAUCCCAAUGCAACCGUCGUCCCCAAGGAUCUUUAUUCGCACCGCCCAGUUCUUGAAGAUGACGAGCUGAAUUUCGGUGUGGUGGAUCCAGAAGGAGAAAAAAAAGUAAAUGAGUUGGGAUACCUAAAUGGUGGACGAGAGUAUCGUUGUCGGACAUUCACUUGUCUUGGGCGUGGCAGUCGACUUUACAUGCUUUCUACGGAACCAGCAAGAGCUAUGGGUUAUCGAGACUCGUAUUUGCUCUUCCUAAAACAUCGUUCUCUGCAUAAAAUCAUUGUUGAUGAUUCAGAAAAGUGGGAUCUCAUUGAGCGAAAUAUCAUUCCACAUUCCUACAAGGGACGAGCCGUUGGCAUUGUCGCUGCGCGGUCUAUUUUUCGCGAGUUUGGGGCUCGAAUCAUUGUCGGUGGUCGUCGGAUUAUUGAUGACUAUUGGGAAGCUGAGUAUCGUGCCCGAGGUUACGCAGAAGGCGAACUCGCCGAUCCUGAUGACAAGCUUCCACCCCCGGGUAUGCCCUACAAUCGUAACCAAUACGUUGCUUGGCACGGUGCUAGUGCCGUUUAUCAUUCGCAACCUUCUUCAUAUGAUUCACAACAUACGGCAUUAACUCGCCGAAAAAAGAAAGAACUGCCAAAGGACGAUUCAUGGCUCCUUCAGCAUGUGCAAUCAGCUACAGCUUAUAAUCUGGACCUAGUACACUUACUAGAACGGAAAGUAGAAACAGGUUACUUUGAACCACACACAAACCUACUGCAUGUUCCCGCGUCUACACAACCCACGAGUACUCGUUGGCGAAAUGUAGCCGAUAGCCAUGAAUUUCCACGACCAACGCUGAGUGUUGUAAUGGACCUGCAACCUCUACCUGGUCCCCAAGUACAUCUACUUGAAGUACCCGAAGAACUCAUUGCCACAUGCCCUCAGGCAGUCCAACAGGCCAUUCGAGAGCGCCAGCAGCAAGAGCUCGCCCUUGCUAUUAACACCUCCGUAUAAAUUUGCGAAGUGGGGAAAUGAAAAUGAACGCAUAACAUAAAAGUCCAUAAUGAACGUUGCUUUACAUGUUUGUUGCGAUAUUAUUGAGAAGGGAUCACACAUUAAUUAAGUCGUACACACCAAAAACCCGCUUGCAAGCAACACCUUUUCACACUAAACCACACGAAGCAAAAAAACCGUACACAUGCCACGGCUCCCAUCAAAAAUCUAUGCUGUAAACUUUUUAUUCUUUAUUAUACAAAGCUUUACCAUACCAGUAAAGGUAAAAUGAGUAUUGUGGGCGCAACACAUAAGCUGCCCCAAUAUUGAUAGUAGUACAAAAGACUAUUUCAGUCGUACAGAGCCCGCCCUAAGUAGCAACGUUAAUUGUGACUCGCAGAGGACAGAGCAAAACCCCUGAUCGUUCAAGAACAGCGGGGAAUAGAGAGGGGAAAACCACGGACGAAGCGAUAAAAAGAUCACAGCGUUGAAAGCCGGACCUUAUUCAACCGCACCAUUCGUUUGCACACGUGCAGGUUUGAGGAAGAGCAGCUUGAUGACGAGCUCGGUUCAACUCGAAAAGUCGUCUAAUAUAGCAUGUUUGUUUGGCAGAUGUCAUAAUUGGCUUGGGCCUCAACUGCUAGAAAUGGCCACGAAUUUGUAAUAGUCAGAAAGAAGGACGAGCGGCAAUUGAGGGUGUUGUCUAUCCCAUGAGACGACUGAACUAAUUAGCAGCUGCAGCCUCGACAGGAACGGCUGUACGAGUGAUCUGCUGGCCACUGCGAACAAUACCGUUUCCUGCGGUGUCCUUCAUGGGGAUUUGCUUUCCAGCACCAGACUUCCAAACCUCGACCUCCAUACCACCGCGGACAACGGCAACACGGUAAUUGGCAAGAAGAUUGUGGGCGCCAUUUGUGUGGUCAUACACACCGCCAUUGAAGGCAGCAGUAGCAUCUUUACCAUAAGAAGAACGAAGCAAAGCUUGUCCGCCUGGGUGGUCAAAACCAGUCAUGUCAUGAACAACACCAGCAAUAAGGACCAGAGGACGUGUCUUACUUUGCUCAAGGAACUCUUCAAACUCCAUAACAGGAAGUUGGUCAAGAGGAACACCCCAGUUGAGGCGAGUACGCCACUUAUCCAGCUGCUUUUGCUUUUGUUGGACAAGUCCCUUUUGAAUUUCGUUCUUCGGGAAUGUCUUAAGCUGAGAAGAAAGACCAACGAGGCUGCACAACCAGAUGAAAACCUUGGUGGGAUCGUAUUGGUACCACUUGAGGGCAUUACGGUAGUCGUUGGGGAAAGCGUGAUGGAAGUUGUGAUAACCCUCACCGAGAGUAACCAAGGCGGUCAAGACAUGGUCACGAGCACUGUUCGUGUCGUCGAAGGGUUGAUCACCGAUCAAGUGGGCAAGAGAGUUUACACAGAAGGUAGCAUGAUGCACAAAGACAAGACGACAAACACCAGCAUAGAAGAAACCUCCACGCCAAUCGUUCCAAAGCAAACCACAGACAAGAGUAGGGAAGAUAAAUGCAGCGAAGAGCGCAAUCUUGAGGAAACUUCUAUGGUUGUGCAUAACAAGAGGGUCAGCGUUCAAGUCGCUAAUAUCAGCACGGCCGAUACGCUGAGGGUUUUGCUUAAUAAUCAUCCAUCCCAUGUGAGCGUACCAGAAACCCUUCUUCACACUGUAAGGGUCACGAUCCGUAUCGGUGUAACGGUGAUGAGCACGGUGAUCGCGAGACCACCAACGGAUGGAACCCUCGAAAGCAGCAGCGCCGCCAAACUCGAGGAAGCGUUGGAGAGGCUGGGAAGCCUUAUAGCAGCGAUGGGACCAAAGACGGUGAUAACCGGCAGUAAUUCCCAAACCACUGUAAAAAUAGUACAAGAAAGCGAAAAUCGCAGUUUUAGCGUUAAGCGGGGUCGUUAAAAUACCGUAGAGAGCAAUAAGAGGAAGACCAAAAAGCAACGG